AGUCACAAUACGGGCAACUAAUAGAGCGACUAGGCAAACAAUAGGCGAGCGAGGCGGCCGAGAGAACAAUAGACGCCCACCGUGCUCGGACUCAUAAUAGCGCUGGCCGAGUGCGCGUGGGCGACCAUAAAUAAGGGGCCUACCUCGCUGCAAAUUCAGUUCGAGACAGCGAGCCGACGAGUCAAGACCUCUCCAGAAGAAGAGGAGAGAGCCGUCGAACAAGAAGAGACUCGCUCCUACGCCCUGCGCCGGUCAAGCCACGAGGACCGUGUGAACGCCAUACUUGAAGCCUUCGUUAUUUUCCUCGAACCAAUCCCAGCACCCGUUCCGCGACAGCCACUGCGGCAAUACUCGAGCCACCACGUUUCAACGAGAGUAAGAAGUCUAAAAAUCACACGUGGUGGCCGAAACCUGAGCGGUGGCCGUCCGGAAUAUUGGUCCUUCGAGAGCCGGAUUCAUUUGAGGAAGAUCGAAGAAAAUUGAAGAUUGAAGAUUGAAGAAAUGGUGCUCACACGGUCCGAGAAGAUGAGGUCGUCACGCCUUGACCGGCCCGGCAACGAAGCUGUCUCGGGCUCAACAUCGCAAGACGCACAGCAACGAGCUGUGUCGGCCGCGCCGCGUUCGGGAGUGACGCAGGGACCGCCACCGAUGGCGGCAACCUCCUCCCAGUCAACCGCGCCGCGUUCGGGAGUGACGCAGGGACCGCCACCGAUGGCGGCACCCUCCUCCCAAGUGGAAAAGUGUCCGGGAGUGCCGCGGGGCUCACAAGCGAUGCCCCCCUCCCGCCAAAUAUUGCCUACGCAAUACUCGCCGGCGUCGCCAACGGGACCGAACAGCGGGGUCUGUCGUCGAGUGGUCAGACCUCCCAGCACCGCGACACCGGCAACAACUUCAGGCGACGCAGCAACGGAGAGCGUCGUAUCCGCGAGCCAGAACAGGAAGGAGUCAGCGCUCACGGCCAAUCAAAUUGUACACGGGUCCCACAUCACGGACGCCGCUGCCAAAAUCUCGACGACAGAAGAAGGCUCCACACUCCGCGACGGGAUGGCGCCACCAGUACGAGGAUCUUCAAGAAAGUCGAGUCAACAGUCACAACGGCUGUUGCUUAUGGCGCGCCUCAAAGAAGAGCAUCUUCGCGCCAAAGAAGAACAAGCCCGACUCCAAGCAGAGCUCGCCGCCGCCCGCAUCUCAACAUUAGAAGCCGAAGCGCUCGUUGAAGAGGAGGAAGAUGCGCGCACAACACUCACGGAGGACGAGAACGAGCAAUCACAGCGCAUCGAUACAUGGCUCAGUCAGCAACGAUCGAUCGCGCUACAGGGAGUCGAAGAAAGAGUAAUGCAGCCAACACACGGAUCACCAGCCACCAUCGAGCAACCGCAACUGGAACUUCCCGCACCAAUAGAACAGCUGAAGCUACCGGCCCCUGCCGCGGCACCGAUUGCCGCACCUGUCGCACCGAAGAGCGACAUCGCCGAACUAGCAGCUGCCAUCGCGACGGCCGCCCGCCAAGCCAGGCCCGGACCAUCGCAUCGGUACUACGGGGAGCUUCCAGUGUACAGUGGAUCGCACCAAGAAUGGCUCUCCUUCAAGGUCGCCUACGCCGAAUCAGCGGACAGCUUCAGCGCCGCAGAGAACACUGCGAGACUUCGGCGUACGUUGAGAGGAAGAGCAAGAGAAGCGGUCGAAAACUUGUUGCUGCAUUACACCGAGCCCGCCGAGAUCAUGCGGACUCUAGAAUCGCGCUUCGGACGUCCAGAAGCAAUCGCCGCAACGGAGCUGGAACGACUGCGCGCGCUGCCACGCUGCACGGACACACCGAGGGACAUCUGCGUAUUCGCGAAUAAGGUGAACAACGUCGUCGCCGCUCUGAGGGCCCUCGACCGCGUACAUUAUAUGUACAACCCGGAGCUCACCAACAUCACAUCGGAGAAGCUGCCGUCCACUCUACGCCACCGCUGGUUCGAAUUCUCAGCGACUCAACCGGCGGGAGAACCGGACCUCGUCAAGCUGUCGCGCUUCCUGCAACGCGAGGCGGACCUGUGCAGCCCAUACGCACAGCCGGAGCCAGAGACGAGAGUGGAGAACACCAGCGGUCGGCGGAAGAUGGUGAACACGCCUCAGAGGACGCACACCACGCAAGCGAAGGAAGAGAGGAAAUGCGCAGCAUGUCAGAAGCCGGGGCACAUCCCACAAGAUUGUCCCGAAUUCAAGAGAGCAGCCGUCAGCGAGCGCUGGGAUACGGCGAAGCGCGAGAAUUUGUGUUUCCGGUGCCUACGGUUCCGGUCCCGGGGACACGUAUGCAAAAAGAAGAAGUGCGGCGUCGACAGCUGUGAACGCACGCACCACGAGCUGUUGCAUAAGAAGCCAGCAUGGCAGAAGCCGAAAGAAAAAGAAGAGGCGGUCACCUCGACGUGGGCCGCAAGAAGUGCGACAGCCUACCUAAAGAUGGCGCCAAUUACUGUUAUCGGACCGGCGGGAGAAGCAGAUACAUGGGCCCUGCUGGACGACGGGUCAACGAUCUCGCUGAUUGACGAAGACUUCGCGAGACGAGUGGGCGCCAAAGGACCGAUUGAACCCCUCUUCAUCACUGCCAUCGGAGACAAUAAGAUAGACGCAACACGCUCACGACGCGUCCCGCUGAAGCUAUGCGGACGCACGGGGGAACCGCAAGAACUGAACCUACGGACAGUCAACGGCUUAAAAUUAACACCACAGCGACUGAACAUCGAAGUCCUCGCGUCGUGCCAUCACCUCACCGACCUCCGCCAUCACUUCAAAACGAGCUACGCCUCGCCGAAGAUCCUGAUCGGCCAAGACAACUGGCACCUGCUGGUGACGGAGGAGAUGCGGACGGGACGACGCGAUCAACCAGUGGCGUCUCGUACUCCGCUCGGGUGGGUCGUGCACGGAGCACACCCGGGAGGCAAGAGACAGCGCGUCAACUUCGUGGCACACGCGACGACGGCCGACGCGAACAUGGACGAAGCCCUCAGGCACUACUUCGCGAUCGAGGGACUCACCGUCGCCGCCAAGACGCCAAAGAAUGACCCAGACGAGCGCGCGCUGAAGAUCCUGAGAGAGACCACUCAUCAGCAACCCGACGGCCGCUACGAGACCGCACUGCUGUGGCGUGAGGAGGGCCUGAAGAUGCCCAACAAUUUUGAAGCCGCGCUGAAUCGCCUGACGUCCGUAGAGAAGAAACUGGAGAAGGAUCCAAAUUUGAAAGAGCGCUACAAGCAACAAAUGGACGCACUGGUAGCGAAAGGAUACGCCGAAGUAGCUCCGUCAACGGGGACGAAGGACCGAACCUGGUACCUGCCGCACUUCGGCGUAACACAUCCAAUGAAGCCGGACAAGAUUCGCAUCGUGCACGAUGCCGCUGCGAAGACCAGGGGGAAGAGCCUCAACGACUUCCUGCUCACCGGCCCGGACCUGCUGCAGUCUCUGCCUGGAGUGAUGAUGCGCUUCAGGCAGCACGCCGUCGCCGUCUCAGCGGACAUCACAGAGAUGUUCAUGCAAAUAGGCGUCCGAAGCGAGGACCGCGACGCGCUCCGGUACUUGUGGAGGGAGGACCCUUCACAGGAGCCUACAGAGUACCGGAUGAAAUCUAUAAUCUUUGGCGCGACAAGCUCACCCGCGACCGCCAUCUACGUGAAGAACGCCAACGCGGAGAAGUACCGACUGCAGUACCCGGACGCCGCCGACGCAAUCGUACGCAACCACUAUAUGGACGAUUACCUGGGAAGUUACCGGACAAGCGAAGACGCGAUCAGGAUCGCAAAUGAGGUGAGGGCAGUACACCGGCAAGGCCAUUUCGAGUUACGAAAAUGGACCUCGAACAACGAGGAGGUACGGUGCCACAUGACCGACGAAGCCCCACCUACAAGUGUGACGCUGUCCGAUGGAACGGAAAUAGAACGAGUACUUGGCCUGGUGUGGAGACCUGCUGAAGACGUCCUCGCCUUCAAUCUGGACAUGGCGCGAAUCCCAAAAGAAGUCUUGGAGAGCAGCGCGCCUACGAAGAGACAGGCUCUGCGAAUAAUGAUGUCCGUCUACGAUCCCCAAGGCAUCGCAUCACCAGUCACUGUCGGAGCGAAGAAGAUCCUGCAAGAAACGUGGCGCCGAGGGACGGCGUGGGACUCCCCCCUCGAUGAAGACCUCUGCGCGAUGUGGAGAGAGUGGAUCGACCACUUAAGACGCCUGCGCGGCGUCUCAGUGCCGCGCUGCUAUCCCGGCUACUCAGACGCCGCCAACCUCCAGCUCCACACAUACGUAGACGCCAGUGAGUCCGCCUACGCCGCCGCGUUAUACUGGCGCGCCGAAAUGCCCGACGGGGAGAUCAGGACCUCCCUCGUACUCGCCAAAGCCCGAGUCGCGCCCUUGAAACUCACCUCGAUACCGCGCCUCGAGCUACAAGCUGCCGUGAUGGGCAGCCGCAUGGCCGCGGCUGUCACAGAGGAACACGACAGAAAACCAGACGCGAGAGUGUUCUGGACAGACAGCGCCACCGUAUUGACCUGGCUACGAACGGGGUCGAGGUCGUAUCGACCGUUCGUCGCUCACCGCAUUGCAGCGAUAGAAGAGAACAGCACUGUGGAGGAAUGGCGCUGGGUCCCCACGAAGGAAAAUGUCGCCGACGACGCCACUAGAGAGCUACCCGUCGGCUUUGAAAGAAACCACCGCUGGUUCAUAGGCCCGGAAUACCUAAGACGGCAUCCGGAUGAUUGGCCCGUACAACGGACUGCAAGAAGGGCAGAAGAGACGGGCGAAGAGAAGUGCGCAACGCUCGCCGUGAGCAGAGAGAGCCUCGGCGAAGCGAUCCCGGACCCAAGACGCUUCUCCAAGUGGGAGAAGUACCUGCGUGCAACGGGGCGAAUACUGCAAUUCGUCGACCUAUGCCGCAGAAGUCGCGAGCGCACUCAUUACAAGAGGACCAGACGGAACCCGCGUUCGGACCCGACGUGGGAGAAGAAUAGAAAGAAGACGACUUCGAAGACCCCGCUGAACACACCGCGGACGCCAGAGCAAGCAGUCAUUCAAUGGAAGACUUUAGACGCCGACACGCUUCGACGCGCCGAGACGCUCAUUUGGCAACAGAGCCAGCGGGCGGCCUUCGAGGAAGAGAUUUUGACGCUCCAGCGAGGGAAACAAAUAUCCCCAGCGAGCCGACUGCGAAACUUGUCCGUAACUUACGCGGACGGGAUAUUGAGAAUAAACGGACGCAUCGGCAACAUAGAGGGAGCUGACGUCAUCACCUCGCCUCUCGUGCUAGACGGAUCCCGACGCGAAACGAGACUGAUGAUAGACUUCAUCCAUAGAAAGAUGCACCACGCCGGAACCGAAGCCACGAUCGCCGAGUGCCGACAGUCGUACUGGGUCUUACGCCUACGCCCAGUGACACGGAGCGUAAUCCACAACUGUCUUCCGUGUCGUAUCCGCAAGGACACUCCACCGCGUCCAGCCACAGGCGAUCACCCACCGAGCAGACUGGCACACCAUCGGCGACCAUUUACAUACGUGGGCCUCGAUUACUUCGGGCCCUAUCAAGUGACCACCGGCAGAAGCACCCAGAAGCACUACGUGGCCAUCUUCACAUGUCUCACUACGCGUGCGGUGCAUUUAGAACCGGCAGCGAGCCUCAGCACGGACUCAGCAGUGAUGGCACUCCGGCGCAUGAUCGCGCGCCGGGGAGCUCCGACGGAAAUAUGGAGCGACAACGGCACCAAUUUACGGGGUGCCGACAAGGAGCUGCGCCAAGCUUUAGACAAGGCGACCGAGCAUGAAGCGAGCUUAAGGCUUAUACAAUGGCGCUUCAUCCCACCGGGCGCGCCUUUCAUGGGCGGCGCCUGGGAGAGAAUGGUGCGGGCGGUAAAGGCCGCGCUCUCGGCCACGGAACAGCCGAGGCACCCGACGCCCGAAAUAUUUCAUACUCUGCUAGCAGAGGCAGAGUUCACAGUGAACAGCCGACCUCUCACCCAUGUAUCGGUGAGCGCCGACGAUCCCGACCCUCUGACACCGAACCACUUCCUGCUGGGAGGCCCGGCGCGAGUCCCCGUGCCGGGCAAGUUUGACGACGCCGACCUCAUAGGGCGCGCACACUGGCGCGCAGCACAACGUCUGGCAGAUGUGUUCUGGAGUCGCUGGCUCCGGGAGUACCUGCCCGACCUGCAGAACCGGCGGGAGCCCCACAGCCGCGGGCCCGCCCUGAAGAUAGGCGACGUCGUGAUAAUAGCAGACGGAACGCUCCCACGGAACACCUGGCCACGUGGGAUCAUCCAGGAGGUUUACCCGGGGGCCGACGGCAUCACUCGAGUGGUCGACGUGCGCACCGCCGGCGGUAUAUUGCGACGCCCGGCAAAGAAGAUCAUCGUGCUGCCCACGAUGUCCGCCGCUCACCAGGGAGGAUGCAGCGACGUGAACGACGCUGCACGGCGGGAGGAUGUUCGCGACGGACAUGAAUAAAUGUAGAAUAGAUAUUAUUCGCGACGGACAUUGAUAGUUUAAAAAUAGAUAGAAAAUAUAGUAAUAGUUAAAUAGAGAUAUGUUCGCAAAGUACAGCGAGAUUUAAUAGAAAUAGACAAUGUCCGUAAAUAGACUGUGUGUUAAAAAUAGU